AUGGUGGCGGGGGGAGCGGGCGGCGUGGAGACGGGAUUCUCCAGAGAGGAGCUGCUGACGCUCCGCUUCCCGCUGCACUGCGCCUGCCGGGACGGGGACCUGGCAGCGCUCUGCUCGCUGCUCCAGCACAGGUCCCGCGCCCACCUGGCCACCGAGAACUCUUUCUACGGCUGGACGCCCGUGCACUGGGCCGCGCACUUCGGGACGUUGGAGUGCUUGACACAGCUCGUGAGAGCCGGGCUCAACGACUGUACCAUCCGGUUUGCCCAGACUCCGGCCCACAUCGCCGCUUUUGGCGGACACCCGCACUGCCUGACCAGGCUGAUUCACGCAGGAACCAACAUUAACGAACUGCCCACAAAUAUACAUAACCUGUUUGCUUGUAACACCAGUAAUGGUGUGAAAUUUUAUCCGUAA